GUGCAAAUAAAGCAGACCUAGAAUAUUUCCUGGGAAAAGAAGGAUUUCAAGUGAUGUAUGGUGGAGCAUAAGGUUAGCUGGCAGCGUUGUUUCUGGAGCUGUGCUUUAGUCAGUCGGGGCAGCACGAGAGAGAGAGAGAGAGAGAGAGAGAGAGAGAGAGAGGGGAGAAGAGCGCGCGAUGGAGGGAGGGAGAGAUAGGAGAGAAUUCUGCUGAAAGGAAGCAUUUUUAGUGGAUGGGAUAAAACACAACCAUGGAAACUACAUCAGAAGAGAACCGAGAGCAGAGCCAGGAGAAAAAAGGUUGCUUCGAGUGCUGCAUCAAGUGUCUGGGCGGGGUGCCGUAUGCAUCGCUGGUGGCCACCAUCCUAUGUUUCUCCGGCGUGGCCCUGUUCUGUGGCUGCGGCCAUGUGGCCCUCACCGGCACCCUUACCAUCCUGGAGAACCACUUCUCCAAAGUCACCUCUGACCACGCCAUGCUGACCGACGUAAUACAGCUGAUGCAGUACGUCAUCUAUGGCAUCGCCUCCUUCUUCUUCCUCUACGGAAUCAUCCUGCUGGCCGAGGGCUUCUACACCACCAGCGCUGUGAAGGAGCUGCACAGCGAGUUCAAGACCACCAUCUGCGGACGAUGUAUUAGUGGCAUGUUUGUGUUCCUGACCUACAUCCUGGGUAUCGCCUGGCUGGGUGUGUUUGGUUUCUCCGCCGUGCCCGUCUUCCUCUUCUACAACAUCUGGUCCACCUGCAACGCCAUGAGGUCACCUGUGGCUAACCUCACCAACGUGGACACCAUCUGUGUCGACGUUCGUCAGUACGGUAUCAUCCCCUGGAACGCAUCGCCAGGCAAGGCUUGUGGGUCCACACUUGGAGACAUCUGUAAUACCAGUGAGUUCUACCUGUCCUACCACCUGUACAUCAUAGCAUGUGCUGGAGCCGGGGCCACCGUCAUUGCUCUGAUCCACUUCCUCAUGAUUCUCUCAGCAAACUGGGCCUACCUAAAGGAUGCCAGUCGCAUGCAUGCCUACCAAGACAUCAAACUGGAGGAAGAACAGGAGCUGCAUGACAUCACGUCUCGUUCAAAGGAAUGCCUCAAUUCCUACACAUAAGGAUUACGCCCUGGUCCGCCCUCACACACACACACACACACACACACACACACACACACACACACACACACACACACACACACACACACACACACACACACACACACACACACACACACACACACACACCAUCUCAGGCGGUCUGACCAAGAGAACCCAUAACCUGCCAGCUGCCCUCAUUCAGCGCAGUGCUAACGCGGCUCCUAACAAACUAAUGCAUCAAUGUCUCUUUCUACAACUAACUGAUCAAGACGUCUGUGUCAGAACCUCUGUUUUGUGUUUCGUGUGUGAAUAUCCUUUUGUUUUUAUUUUUCUCAUUUUCAUAGGAAUGUUUUUGUUGCGAUUUAUAAUUUUUCUUAUUUUUUAUUUUUUUCUAACCAGUGAUUGCUGGUGAACUUGAAACAAUGCACUAUUCUAAAACAUGAAGGAAAUAAAUAAUGUUUUAGAGUGUUCUGUUAUGAUUCUGGUCUGACUGUCGGCCAUUAUGAAUAAGGAAGAGCGGGAAGUUCUUGUCAGCGAGAAGAGAAUCCGUUUUUUUAAUUUUUUAAAAUCAAAGAUGCAGUUUUGAUUACACCUCAUAGCACAACAUGAAACACCUUACAACAUCACAGAUAUAUACAAGUGGUGCGAUGUGCUGUUGCUAAUUGCAAACAAGUUUGUUCCUCCUGGCUCUGAAUGGAGAGCAUAUGAAGAGGAGGAAUGUAAAGGCAAAACAACAUUCUAUUGUGCAACAGAACAUGUACAGUGCCUUGCGAAAGUAUUCGGCAUUUAUACGGAGACUUGAUUACACACAGGUGGAUUGUAUUUUUCAUCAUUAGUCAUUUAGGUCAACAUUGGAUCAUUCAGAGAUCCUCACUGAACUUCUGGAGAGAGUUUGCUGCACUGAAAGUAAAGGGGCUGAAUAAUUUUGCACGCCCAAUUUUUCCGUUUUUGAUUUGUUAAAAAAGUUUGAAAUAUCCAAUAAAUGUCGUUCCACUUCAUGAUUGUGUCCCACUUGUUGUUGAUUCUUCACAAAAAAAUACAGUUUUAUAUCUUUAUGUUUGAAGCCUGAAAUGUGGCAAAAGGUCGCAAAGUUCAAGGGGGCCGAAUACUUUCGCAAGGCACUGUAUGUGUUGGGCUUCUUUGACAAGGUGUUUACGUUACCCCUCUGCCCAUUUCAAACUGAUAGGGUUUCAAAAAACUGUUCUCUUGCUAGUAGUUGAAGUAGGUAUGAUCAUUCUGAUUCUAGAAUUUCAUAAGUUACAUUCCAACUAAAAUGUUAAUAUUUGAAUUGAAACUGUAAUAAUGAUGUAAAAUCCUAAUUCCCUAAAAGAGGAACUACCUCAUGCCUACGCAGGUACACUUACUGAACAUGCACAGGUGUUUUACCUGAGAUAACCACGUGCCCAUGUAACUGUAAACAAACCCGUGGCGUUUUUUUUAUUUUAUUUGAGUCCUUUUAGGAGGAAUCCUUUACAUUUUAGUCCUUAAACUUUGAGUCCUUACACCAUUAGUCCUUACAAUUUUAGUUUAUUUCUUUUUUAUUUCUUUUACCCUGGCAAGUGAAUGGUGCCAAUACAAUUAUACAGUUAGACUGACCAAAAUAUGUCAUCUUAAUACAAGGCCAUUGUGUGAUUCCAUGGUUAAUAAUUAGUAUCGUUUUAGUUUUUCAAAUGUAGCAUUUUUAUAGACAGUCUACAUUUAAUUUAAAAUGUCUUGAUUAAUGUCUUUGUGAGAUGAAAAAUAAAGGUCAAAUUUGACUAUUAAACAUGAGGAUGGUUUGUUGCACAGAGGGGCUUGUAUGUCCAAAGUAUUGUUGGGAUGAAUAAAUGUUUCUUAUUGUAUAGUGUAUGAUCUUCCACAGUUCAUCCCAAAUUCCCAUUUGUGACUUGAAAUUCCCAUUUGCGAUUGUGGAAUCUUUAUCCCUGUAACUACAAGAUACAACAUUUUACUUGAUUGAGAGAAAACUAGUGUUCAUGUGCUUUGUUACCAUGGCAAACCUUGUGAUUUAGACAGUUUUUUUAAUUGUACCUUUAUUUAACUAGGCAAUUCAGUUAAGAACAAAUUCUUAAUUUCAAAGAUGGCCUAGGAACAGUGGGUUAACUGCCUGUUCAGGGGAAGAAGGACAGAUUUUUACCUUGUCAGCUCGGGGAUUUGAACUUGCAACCUUCACGGUUACUAGUCCACCGCUCUAACCACUAGGCUACCCUGCCGCCCCAGUGCAAGUAACGUUAACCGUUCUCUUUUCAGGCUGAGAUAACUCUGUGUUAGGGUGUUGAUCUGUACAAUUUAAACAUGUUACAUGUCAGGAGUUGUUUUGUUGUUGUGAUGUUUCAAUCUUGUUUUCUUUUAUUGAAGAUAUAACCACUUAAAAGAACAAACAAACAAAAAUGUUUCUAAAUCUCUUGAAUUGUAUUUCAGUAUUGUUUUUUUUUUACGUGCAAUUGUUAAAAUACUGACAUCAUUACUGAUGCAAUCUUUAUCUGUUAUUUAGAAGAGACUUACAGGAAUAUUGACGUUUAUUCAUUAGUGCAUUAUUAAGGAUAAACUGUUUAUGCAGUGAUACAGGUGAUGUGUAGUCAUUUGUACUGACAACUAUGGUAGGCAGUGUUUGCCGGUUUCCAGAGAACAAUUUAGUCCAGGGUAUGUCCACUAUUAGUCAAUGUAGUCCACGGUGUUUCUUAGUUCUGAAGUACAUAACUCCUCUAUAGUAUUUUCUAUUAGUGUCAAGGUCUUCCUUGGGAAUUAUUUCAGGUAAUAAUUAACUUGUCACAGUAUUCUGAAUAUUGAUCAUCACACCUCACCCUACGAUUGAAAAUGCCAAUAUGACCAUGAAUAGAAUACGGUUCGGCCAAAGUUUAUAAGCCACUGUAUGUCUUGAUUGUUUUGUAAACAAAGUGGCCUCUGAAAUAUAGUACAAUUCAAAAGGUUUGUAGUGGCCUGCAGGAAUAUGACGUUGAUGUGAAUUGAAUGACAUUACCGUCCCAUCAUGCAGUGCUUCCUGUGUAUAAUGUACCAAAAAAGAAUAGUAAUCAAAAUGGCUUCCAAUCAAACACCAGGAGGACACCAAUCCAACGUCCUGGCUGGGAUCCCUUUUGACAUUUCUCUCUCUCUAAUUGUUUUUAUGAAAAUAAAAAAAUACAAAUAUGUACUCCUAAA